UUGUCAUUGUGCUAUAUUGCAUUUUUAUUAUACGAGCAGAUACUAUGAAGCAAAUGAUAGAGCACUACCGAGAGAAUUGGAAAAUGUUAAAAGAUAAACUGGAAAUUGGUAUUAUAGAAGAAUAUUCUUAUAUUGCGAGAUAUUGCACAUUGUUUCUUUCCGGCUUGUUUAGUUUUGGAAUAAUCAUGUACAUAACAUUACAAGUUUUACCACCAAUCCUUGAUAUUGUGUUUCCAUUGAAUGAAUCACGUUGUCGUCGACCUAUCAUCGUCACGGAAUAUUUUGUCAACCAAGAAAAAUAUAUAUACGUUAUAUUGUUGCAUUAUAUAUUAGCCCUAAUCAUAGCAGGAUUGGUAUUUUGUAGCGUCAGUAUGACAAUGUUGAUUUACCUUCUCCAGACAUGUGCCCUGCUUACUAUUGCAAGCUAUCGUAUAGAGAACGCGAUUGAAAGGAAUAUCUUAGCAAUUUCUAGUCCUACGAGAGAAUAUCUUCUUUUCCAGAAGAUUGUACAUGCGAUUACUAUACAUCAAAGGGCCAUCGAGUUUACUAAAUUUUUUACAUCCGAAUUUAUGACAUUUUUGGCUAUUCUGAUCGUAAUUGGCGUCAGCUCUUUAAGUUUAAAUCUUCUUCAAUUUCUUCGAAUGAUAAGAAUGAAUACAAAUGAUAUUAUGGAGAUAAUAAUAGUAAUUAUUAUAAUCAUUAUUCAUUUGACUUAUAUGUUCAUGGCCAAUUACGCAGGACAAAUAGUAAUAAAUCAUGGAAUAAAGAUGUUUAAAGCAACUUAUAAUGGAAUGUGGUAUGCAGCACCAUUACAUACGCAAAAAUUAUUCUUAUUUAUAAUGCAAAAAGUAAUGGCAAACCUCAGUUUGGGAUAUGGAAACGUAUUCAUUGCUUCCUUGGAAGGUUUUGCUACGCUCGCGAAUAUGGCACUAUCCUAUUUAACAGUGAUUUAUUCUACGACAGUAUCACGAAAAUAAUUAUAAAAAUUAAUUAUUAUUUAUCCAAACAGAUUUUUAAAUUAACAUAAUUGUAGUCAACAAGCAUACAUACGCGCAUAAAUACAUAUCUGCAAUUUCUG